AUGACGAGUGCUGUCGUUUAUAUCGAGAAGCAGUUUCAAAUUCCUUCACGUUUAAGCGGAACUAUGGUGUCAGCCGGUGAUUUUGCAUAUAUACCGAUUGUUAUAUUCACCAGUUAUUUUGGUGGUAAGGGAAACCGAGCACGAUGGAUUGGCGGUGGAUGUAUGCUGAUUGCAGUGGCGAACUUUCUAAUUAGUUCAUCGAAUUUCUUAUUCGCGGCCGAAAAAUUUCACGUGAAUAGCAGUUAUAUACCAAGCUCUUUAAUAGGCCCAUAUCAUACGGAGAAUGAAGAGUUUGUAAAUGUUCCCAUUGUCGUAAGUAAAUCGGACACCUCAAAUUUCGGUCCGUUUAUGAUGAUCUUCGGUGGACUGAUGCUUCUAGGAGUUGGGAGAACAAUGCCAUUUUCACUUGGUUUACCGUUGAUGGACGAUAACGUGAAGAAAAACAAUCUACCGCUAUAUUAUGCGUUCAUGUUCUUUGCGAAGAUCGUUGGGCCACUUAUUGGACUGUUGGUUGGCAGUAAACUUAACCAAAUCUACUACACAUUUGAUCCUCCUCACGGUCUUACUCCUCUUGAUCCGAUGUGGAUUGGAUGCUGGUGGCUCGGAUUUCUUAUCUUUGGCGCCCUUUUAUUCUUCCCUUCACUGGCACUCUUUCUUUUUCCAUCGGAUACUCUUGACGAAGACGAUGCAAUUUCGAUAACAAAACUUCCACUUAGUGGAGACUCUGGCUUUCAAUUACUGGAGUGUAUAUUUAAUAAGCAAUACAAUUUCAUGUUUAGAUUCUUCCUAUUCAUUGGAAAAUACCUCGAACUUCAAUUCGGAGUGCCGCAACAUCGAAUUCAAAAGUACAUCGGUGGAAAGAUUGAAUAUUCAGGACGAAAAGCAGCGACUUGGGUAGCAGUCUGUUCACUUGUUUCCGCACUGAUGUCAUUUGCUAACGCUGCUGUCGGCUGUAAAUCUGUCAUUGGUCAGAUCGGUGAUCAAGCAGUGAUGAACAACUUUACUUUCCCAUCAUGUCGUUCGGACUGCAAAUGCGAUGGAAUGCCAUUCUAUCCAGUAUCAGGUUUUUUGCUUUCUUGGGGAGGCUUGAACCAAAAUCGCUUAAGAAUUCUUGGAAUAUCUUCAUUUAACAGUUUUUCUUAUAAAUGGGUUUUCUAUUUAGAACACUGCAAUAGUCAAUUCUUUACUUUCUUCAUAAAUAAAGCAGUCGGAGCCUUGUUUGGUGGUUUGUCUGUUGUACCAGGAAUGCUUAUCGUACUUAGGUCAGUGCCACCUGAACAUCGUAGCAUUUCCCUCGGUUUUAACGGCUUCCUCGUCAGCUUGUUUGCCACACUUCCAUCACCUGUGUUUUGGGGUAAGAUAUUCGACAUGAGCUGCAUAAUGUGGCAAAAUCUAUGCAAUAAAACUGGCGCCUGUGCAAUUUAUGAUACUGAUUGGCUUCGAAUACGGUUGAAUGUUAUUUAUGGUAGCCUGUGUCUCAUCGCACUUCUAUCCGACAUAUGGGUAAUCUACUGGGCUAGAGGACUUUCGCUAGUUGAUGAAGAGAGACAACAAAAACCUAACGAUGGACUAGAGCGUGAACUCGUACCACUGACUGAAACGUCACAAGCCGAAUUGAAAAGUGUGGACUUCAGUACAUCACUUAGUAAAGAAACAGUGUUGGAAGACCGAUUCUAA